UUCAAUUGCCUACAUGUUUAUAUUUACAGCUUCAGGAAACGGUUCAGACUCUCUAAAAGUGUACGUAUUGGCUGAACUCAAAUUUGAAGGGCAUUUGUCAACCGCAGUGGCACCAAUGAUUCAACUGGGAGCGAAUUUGUCCCUUUUGGCCAGUGGUGGCUAGCAGCACUUGGUGGGAAAUGACUUUUUUAUAGGAAUAUGUCAAAGCACUAUUUGCAAAAUAAUAAAAAAUGUAAUCAGCGAAAUGGAAACAAAUUUGUGCCCCCAAUUUAUUAAAUUCGUGCCCGACAAUCUUUCGGAAUGCACGAAAUCGCAAAAACCAACAGUAAAUGAGCACAUGUUCUUCAACAGGAAAGGAUACCAUAGCCUCAACUCAAUGAUAAUGUGUGACCAUGAAUACCGCAUUUUGGCCAUUGACUCAAAGUAUGGUGGAGCCRCACACGAUUCCUUUGUGUGGAAGCAUUCGGCACAACGAAAGUUUUUGGAGGAGCAAUUUAACCAAAAUAACUUACAAAAUGUUUGGCUUUUAGGAGAUUCGGGUUAUCCCUUGGAGCCGUGGUGUUUAACACCAUUCAGGAACCCUGAAGAAGGGUCUACUCAAGCUCGGUUCAAUGAGGCUCAUUCUAAAGCUCGCUAUGUAGUUGAAAGAACCAUUGGUAUCCUAAAGGGCCGUUGGAAAAUUCUCAGCAAUGACAAGAGAAGCCGUUACCAACCUGAAAAAAUGGCACAAUUCGGGAAUGUAUGUGCAGCGUUGCAURACAUUWGCAUACAUUUCAAAGAUGCGUCGUAUUGUAGACAUUCUGCAAGUGAAGCUAUUAACACAGAAUUCGAUAUGGGAAACGAAACUAAUUUAACCAAAAUUGGACACAAAAUUCGAAACCAUAUAAUGUUGGCGCUAGAAAAUACAAUUUGA